UUUUUUUUUUUUUCCCUCUCUCUACCUUUUCCUCUGGAUAUGGAGAUCAAAUGCCCAGUGACUCUCAGCAUCCAACGCAGAUAUCAGCAGAUGGAAGACUUCUAUAGGCUCCAUGCAAGCUUAACAAAGUCUCCUUACCUAAGACCACUGCAGCUUCUGGACUAGGGGGCUUUGUCUUUAUAGAGUUCCCCCCCCCCCUUAACCUUGUAGAAGAAAGAUAUAUGUGAUAAGUUUAAUGUUCAAUCCUCUGUGCUUAUUACAGCCUUGUCUUGUGCACCAGCUUUAGGCUCUGAAAUCUGUCUCCUCCCCUUUUCUCUUUCACUCAUUCAGCUGUCACUCUGUCUGUCACUCGCCCUCUGAGGAUAUCCCUUUCUCUCUUUCUAGGGUUUCAUAAAGCAUCAGGAUCUAUGUGAGGCCUGGCUCUUUCAAAGACUGGGGUGAACUUCAUCCUGCUGUUGUUUGAGAGAAUGGAUGACUGACAUGUGCUACUUUAAAAUGAACCAAAAGACUGGGGUCAUGGAAGGAAAUAAAGGUCACAGGCCAGUGCAGUGCAGAGUCUUACACUCUGUAUUUUUGAAGAAGUAGUCAGAAUUUGACCACAGGGUUUUUGUUUUUUUUUUGUUUUUUUUUUGCUAAGGUUGAUUUUCAGACUUUUACUUUGUGUGUGAGCAUUGUUUUGGAUCGGAUACACAGUCAUGGGGAAUGCAGCAGGAGGCUUGGAGCUACCUCAGGGGAAGGAUGGUAAGACACCUUCGGCCCCCCCGGGCUCUACCGGCCCUCAGAAACAAUCAACAGGAGUCAAACUCCCCAUCCCACCUGAGGAUGAACUGGAAGAGCGCUUCAGUGCUUUACUGAACACAAUGAACCUCCCUCCAGAUAAAGUGAAGAUCCUCAGUCAAUAUGAUAAUGAAAAGAAGUGGGAUCUGAUCUGUGACCAGGAAAGGUUUCAAGUAAAGAAUCCACCGUCCACGUAUUUAGACAAGCUCAGAAGUUAUCUGGAUCAUGCAGGGGUCAGUCGAAAGUUUAAGCGUCGAGUUCAGGAAUCCACUCAGGUUCUGAGGGAGCUGGAGAUCUCCCUGAGGACCAAUCAUAUAGGCUGGGCUCAGGAGUUCCUGAAUGAAGAGAACCAGGGUUUAGAUGUUCUUGUGGAUUAUCUGUCCUACGCCCACAGCGCUGCCAUGUAUGACGUGGACAGUCUGGACAAUGGUGCGCUGCCCACAGACAAAAGCAAAACUGUGGAGAGGUCAGUGGAAGAUCUGAGCAAAAGUGCCAGCAAUUCACCUACUCAUAGUGCCUCGAAGGCUAGUAAGGCCUUCACAGUCAGAUUCAACUCUCUCCAAAACAGGAAAGCCCUGAGGAACUCUCGUGUCGUGGGCCAGAAAGAUGACGUUCACCUGUGCAUCAUGUGUUUACGUGCCAUCAUGAACUAUCAGUCGGGGUUCAACCUGGUGAUGACUCACCCUCACUGUGUCAAUGAGAUCACACUCAGCCUCAACAACAGAAACCCGAGAACCAAAGCGUUGGUGCUGGAGCUGCUGGCUGCUGUUUGUCUGGUGAGAGGAGGCCAUGACAUCAUCCUCUCUGCAUUUGACAACUUUAAAGAGGUGUGUGGAGAGAAGAGUAGAUUUGAGAAGCUCAUGGAGUAUUUCUGCAAUGAAGACAGCAACAUUGACUUCAUGGUGGCGUGUAUGCAGUUCAUUAACAUAGUGGUCCAUUCAGUGGAAAACAUGAACUUCAGAGUGCACCUGCAGUAUGAAUUCACCCAUCAUGGUUUGGAUAAUUACCUCGAGACGCUGAAGUUCACAGAGAGUGACCGCCUGCUGGUGCAGAUCCAGGCUUAUCUGGAUAAUGUGUUUGAUGUCGGAGCUCUGCUGGAGGAUGCAGAGACCAAGAACGCUCUGCUGGAGCACAUGGAAGAACUGCAGGAGCACAAUAAUCAGCUGAACACCAGGCUGCAGGAAAGUGAGAGGGAGGCCAUGGAGAAAGUGUCGGAGCUGGAGAAGAAACUGAUACAGACCACGAAAGAAGUGGAGCUACUAAAGGAAAGUCUACGGGAAUCCUCUUCUCAAGUGACUUUGCUCCAGCAGCGGGAACAAGAGAGAGAGCUGGAACGUGAGAGGGAGAGGGAAAUCGAGAGAGACAAAGACCGUUCCACCCAGGCCCUGAGGGAGCUGGAGGUCAAAGUCCAGGCUCUGGCGGAACAGGGGUUGGUCCGAAUGGAGCGCUCCUCCUCAGGACACCUGGACAUUCAAGUGGUCCAACAUGAAACACAGAAAGCUGAAGACGAAACAGACGCAGAAAACGACCACAAGGCCACUCCCACAUCAUCAGAAGGAGGUUCACAGACAGCAGAACUACACGUGCCUCCUCCUCCUCCUCCUCCUCCUCCUCCUCCACCUCCACCUCCACCCGCAGCCCCAACUGGAGCACCUCCUCCUCCACCUCCGCCACCCCCGCCUGCAGCUCCACCCCCCCUACUGCCUUCAGGAGGUGGUGGAACCGAGGGAGGUCCAGUCUGUAAGAAGAAGAAGCCAAUUCAGACCAAGUACCGGAUGCCGCUGUUCAACUGGCAGGCCCUCAAAUCCAACCAGGUGGCAGGAACCAUCUUCAAUGAACUGGACGAUGAACACGUCUUAGAGGAGUUAAACAUGGUUGCUUUUGAGGAGCAGUUUAAGACCAAGGCCCAGUCCCCUCCUGUAGAACUCGGUACCCUGAAGAUGAAACUGGCCCAGAAGACUCCCAGUAAAGUGUGUCUAAUGGAGCCAAACCGAGCCAAAAACCUGGCUAUCACUCUACGCAAGGAGGGAAUGGCUGCUUCAGAUAUCUGCUGCGCCAUUGAGACGUAUAACCAGAAAGCUCUGAGCCUGGAUUUCCUGGAGCUCCUGGAGCGUUUCAUUCCGACUGAGUAUGAAAUGAAGCUCAUCCACAACUAUGAAUGUGAGGGCAGGCCCCUGGAUGAGCUCAGCGAGGAGGACCGCUUCAUGGUGCGCUUCAGCAAGAUCCCCCGUCUGGCCCAACGUAUCAGCACACUCACCUUCAUGGGCAAUUUCCCUGAGAGUGUCCACCUAAUAGAGCCUCAACUUAAUGCCAUCAUUGCUGCUUCGAUGUCGAUAAAAUCAUCCAGCAAAUUAAAGAAGAUCCUUGAGAUUAUCUUAGCAUUUGGAAACUACAUGAACAGCAGCAAACGAGGAGCAGCGUACGGCUUCCGUUUGCAGAGCUUAGAUAUGCUGUUAGACACCAAAUCUACAGACCGUAAACAGACUUUGCUGCACUUCAUCGUCAGCAUCAUUCAGGACAAAUACCCAGAGGUUCAGGCCUUCUACACAGAGCUGCACUUCCUGGACAAGGCGGCGCUGGUGUCUUUAGACAGCAUUCUGCAGGAUGUACGAGCUCUGGAGCGAGGCAUGGAAGUGACCAAGAGGGAGUUCUCUAUAGACAAAGAAAACCCAGUUCUUCAGAAGUUUGUGAACAACAACAAUAAGCUGCUGGAUUCAGUCAUAGCAGAUGGCAAGACUGCACAGGACGUUUAUGACUCUGCUGUGGAAUAUUUCGGCGAGAACUCAAAAUCCACUCCACCGUCGAUGUUCUUUCCUGUUUUUGUCAGAUUUAUCAAAGCGUACAAGCAAGCGGAGCAGGAGAAUGAUCAGAGGAGGAGGCAUGGCCUGAACUGUGACGCUCCAACAACUCCACCUAAACCUGAAAUACAUGGAAACAAGGUUUCUGUUGUAUCCAAGCUGCCUCAGAUGGAUCUGAUAGCGGAGUUGAAGAGGAGGCAGGUGUCUCCUCUGGUGAGGGAGGGGAAGGAUGGAGCCAUCGAGGACAUCAUCACAGACCUCAGAAACCAGCCCUACAGACGGGCAGACGCCGGCCGGCGCAGUGCCAAGUGGAAACCAGGACAACAGCUCCAUGUGUCCUCAGACAUCUCCCUCUAAAUCUCUAUAAACUGGACUGAACGCUUCAACCUCACAAGCACAAUAGGUGGGAUGUUAAGCUCGCCGUUGCAGAGAUCAGUAUCUCUUGCAUGUUGCGGAAUGCAGAGGCGAACAUGCAUGUUUUUACUGGAUAAAACAGACGAACCUGCUGCACAAAGACAUGAAAACAGCAUGUCAGCACGAAUGUAAACCCAUACACAAUAUACUAUGUUCACACACACUCAUACUCUUACACACACUUUGGCCUGGAGUACAACUUUACCACUUGAUCACUGUAGAAAUGUUACAUGAAGUGCUCGACAUAAUUUGGAUCACACGGUACGAGUGAGUAUUGGAUUUACUUGAUGUUAAUGACACUGGAUGUCAAAUGCGCUAAUUAAGACGAUUAUGUGGAAUAAGAAAUGAUGUACUUUAUUAACGCCACUCAGAGAUCACGGCCUCGGCUAAGUGUGGAUUAAAACGAUGUGAUAGACCACUCAUGAAUCAUCAAUUUGAUAGUUUUUUUUGAUUAUUGCAAAUGAUUGAACACAAGGAAAAAAAAAAAAUUAAGCACUAUUGUCCAUCUUUCUUAAGUACCACUCAAUCAUUAUGCUUAAGAUAUGAAAUAUAUUUAAAUUAUUUUUAAUACCGAAGUUUAAGAAUUAGUAACUUCUUUGCUUCUGCAUUUCAAUAAAUAAAACAUUUUA